UGUGUGUGUGGGGGGGGGGGGGGGGAUGAGCGUCAAUAGUAUAUACUUUAUUUUUUUCGUUUCCAAAAUUACGGCAUCGUGGGUAUUCGAAUAAUAAACAUAGCUCGCGGCGGUCACUUAAACCAUUGCGAACCUUGUCAGCUCCCUUCACCGCGACGGCAUUUGAAAGCAGCAUUGCUGCGUUCAUGGUCCUUGUCUCGGUGUGAGUCUACACGUCUCGGGCCAAUGGGGCCAUCUUCGGUGAGGUCAUCGUAAAUGGCUUCCCUCUUACCGCAGCCUGCUCAACUGGACCUAGACGCCGACAAGAAGGAACCAAAGUCUGACCAAAAUGUUGCCCAUCCAGUACCUGUCCUGCUGCUGCCUGUUAGUUCUACUGGACCUGGUUUUAGGUCAGUAUGAGCAACUCGGCUACCCACCAGGCUACCCAGAGCCAGAGCAAGAGCAGUACUCUGCUCCCCAGCUCACUCCCGACACGCCCAGGAUUCAGCUCAGGCUGGCAGGGGACAAGAGAAAGCACAAUGAGGGUCGUGUUGAGGUUUUCUACAACAGCCAAUGGGGAACUGUCUGUGAUGACGACUUCACCAUCCACGCUGCACAGGUGGUGUGCCGGGAGCUGGGCUAUGUGGAAGCAGUUUCCUGGUCACCAUCAUCAAAAUAUGGGAAAGGAGAAGGACCCAUCUGGUUUGACAAUCUUCAUUGUACUGGCAAAGAAAAGACUUUGGCGCUGUGUCCCUCCAAUGGGAUUGGUGUUUCGGACUGUAAGCACAGUGAAGAUGUGGGAGUGGUGUGCAGCGACAAGAGGAUCCCUGGAUUUAAAUUUCUCAACAUUCUUCCCAAUCACGUGGAGAACCUCGAUAUCCAGGUCGAGGAUGUGCGCAUUCGAGCCAUUUUGUCAUCAUUACGCAAGCGGAUCCCUGUGACAGAGGGCUACGUAGAAGUGAAGGAUGGUGGGAAAUGGAAACAAAUCUGUAACACAGAGUGGAGCCAUUUUAACAGCAGAGUCAUCUGUGGCAUGUUCGGCUUCCCUGGGGAGAGGAAAUAUAAUGCCAGGGUCUACAAGAUGUUUGCUCGCAGGAGGAAGCCCACAUACUGGGAGUUCUCCGUCAACUGUACUGGCAACGAGGCCCAUUUUUCCAGCUGCAAACUUGGGAGGGAUGAAUCCAACGGAACCUGUGCUGGAGGUUUGCCGGUGGUGGUGAGCUGCGUCCCUGGCAGAGCUUUUGCCCCAUCAGCUACCACUGGAUUUAGGAAAGCCUUCAAACAAGAGCAACCGUUGGUCCGUGUGCGUGGUGGGGCCAUUAUCGGUGAGGGCCGUGUCGAAGUGUUGAAAAAUGGAGAGUGGGGCACCAUAUGUGAUGACAACUGGAACCUCCAGUCUGCCACAGUGGUGUGUCGAGAACUGGGGUUCGGUACAGCAAAGGAGGCCCUUUCUGGUGGUCGCCUCGGUCAAGGUAUGGGCCCAGUACAUAUGAAUGAAGUGGAGUGUUCUGGGUUUGAGAAGUCGAUCACUGAGUGUUCCUUCAACAAGGAGUCUGUUGGCUGCAGCCACGAGGAAGAUGCAGCUGUCAGGUGUAAUGUCCCUGCUAUGGGCUUCCAAGAAAGGCUACGUUUGAGUGGCGGUCGAAACCCCUUUGAGGGUCGCGUGGAGGUUCUGGUGGAGAAGAACGGCUCUCUGGUGUGGGGGACUGUGUGCAGCGAGGGCUGGGGGACCAUGGAGGCCAUGGUGGUGUGCAGACAGCUCGGCUUGGGCUUUGCCAGCAAUGUUUUCCAGGAGACGUGGUACUGGCAAGGCGAGAUGACUGCAGACAGUGUGGUAAUGAGUGGCGUCCGCUGCUCUGGUACUGAGAUGUCUCUGUCCCACUGCCUGCAUCACGGAGCCCACCUCAGCUGCUCUAAAGGAGGUGGACGCAAUGUCGCUGGAGUCUCCUGCUCUGAGACGGCCCCUGACCUGGUCCUGAACCCUCAGGUGGUGGAGCAGACCACCUACAUGGAGGACAGGCCCAUGUUCAUGCUGCAGUGUGCCUUUGAGGAAGAGUGCCUGUCGUCCUCCUCCAAAGAGACGCCUGCCAACUCCUACCGCCGACUGCUGCGCUUCUCCUCUCAGAUCCACAACAAUGGCCAGUCCGACUUUCGGCCCAAAGCUAGCCGACAUGCUUGGGUGUGGCAUGACUGUCAUAGGCAUUAUCACAGCAUGGAGGUGUUUACGAUCUACGACCUUUUCAGUCUGAACGGAACCAAAGUGGCAGAAGGACACAAAGCAAGUUUUUGUCUGGAGGACUCAGAAUGUGAUGAAGGCAUUGAAAAGGUUUACGAAUGUGACAAUUUUGGAGAGCAGGGCAUCACUGUGGGCUGCUGGGAUACGUACAGGCAUGACAUUGAUUGCCAGUGGAUUGACAUCACUGACAUAAAGCCUGGAGAUUAUAUUUUCCAGAUUAUAAUCAAUCCAAACUAUGAGGUGCCAGAGUCUGACUACACAAAUAACAUCAUGAAAUGUAGAUGUAGAUACGAUGGUCAUCGUGUGUGGAUGUAUAGCUGUCACAACGGCGGCUCAUUAAGCACUGAGACGGAGCAAACGUUCCCAGGCCUCCUCAACAAUCAGGUCACUCACAGGUAAAAACUCACCAGCCGUUCACCCUCCGACAAAGAGAACCUCUGAAGCCCACAGCCGCUGCACGUCUCCAUCUGUGGCGCAAACCUCCUGCCAGCCUUCCCCCUCGCUGCUCCAUCGUUACCAUUCCGCCCGAAGAGAGAGACGUUUAAUGAAUUUGAUUAAAAAUGUCACGCGUUGAACAUCGGGGAACCUCUCCAUGAAAAUGUGCAGCACCGGAGAACAAGAACCUCCUGCGGGGUUCUCAUCUGAAAGCUUUUCUGCAUCAUUUAAUAUUGAAGGCUCGGUGACAGAAAGGGCUUUUGGCUUUCGGGCCUGCUGUGCCUCCUUCCGCUCUUUUUCAAAAAGUACAUUUUCUAUACCCUGAAGGAACUGUGGUUAUGCCACUCAAGCAAAAACGAUCAGUGCACUAAACUGGCAAAGCAAAUCACUUCCGACUUUGUCUUUUGCUUUUCUUCUUUCUAUAUAUAUUUUUUUUCAAUCUUCCUGGCUGGUCCACUGAUGUAUGUUGGAUGACAAACUAAACUCCAACCCUCCAUCCACAAUAGAUGAGCAGUAGGAAGCACUUGCGGUUACUUCAUUUUAAUUUGUAAAAAUAAUACUUUGCUUCAGAAUGUGAAGAUGUUACAGAGCUGCAGUAGAACAUCAGUGGCGAUUUAAAAAUUCAGAAGUGAGGAUGGGUGCGGUUUCUUUAGUAACUUGCUGUCUGUUUAAUCAGGUUUGGCUUUAUUGCUUAUUUUAAAAUGUUAUUUUGUACAAUGGUGUGUGUGAAUUCCAUGUUAUUGUACUUUUUUAUUAUUAUGGUGCUAUCAAACUGCCCCUCUGUUUUCUGAGGGCGUGGUACGUGUUUUACAAGCUACAUUAUGUAUACUAACAGUAUACUUGAACUAAGCAUAAAAAAAUUGUGUUCUUUGUUAGAUGAUAAUAAAGAUA